CAAACUGUUCCGCAUAUGUCACUCACAGCUGUUAAGAUUGAUGUUGCCGCCGGGGCGACGGCGGGUAUCGGUGUUGUGGGCGUUGGCAGCGGCACUGUUGCACCAUCCGAGUCGCGGGAGUGGGCUCCGCCGCCGCCGGGCAAGCGAUGUGCCACCGUGACGAUGCUCCUGGCCCAGCGGAUCGCACGCAACGCUUGCUGGUCAGUCGACGAGGAGCCGUCGUACAGUGCGAACAAAAUGAAUGUCUGGCAGACAUUGGAGUAUCUAUCGGGUCUCAGCCUCCGGAAGCGCUACAACUACGAGGGCUUCUCGGACACCCAGAAUGUGAUCCGCACCCUUACCCCCUCCUGGCGGCGGGACAGUUUCUCGGAGAAGGCCAAGGCCGAAGAACUGACCGGUGGGGGUGCCACCUCUUCUGUGGUAAAAUAUCCGGAGGAUCGCACUUCCAGUGCUCCUCUAAUCGUCGCCGAGGAGCCGCGUCCUCUGAGUAGUUUCCAAAGUGAUAGUGUUCCUUUUGGCGUUAAAAGUUCCGGAAAAACUUCUACCGGAAAUCGACGAAAGCUUAGCAGUCGGCCUCGUGGCCGCAAUGGCAUCCCGUUGGAUCCGGAGUACGCACUUUCUCCGGAGGAUCUGCAGGAUCUGGUCAAGUGCACUUUUAAUUUGCCGCGCAUUAGCGCUCGUCUGGAGCGUCUGAUGGGCACCAAUGUGGUCAAGCUGACGGACCGGGCCUACAUGAAGGAGCUGCGCGAAAGGAUCGACGAGGAUUACCGCAAACAGCUGCUAUCCCGCAUCCGGGCCAGAGAGCUUAAAGAAGUGGAACGUGAACGAAUGCUGAUAAUCGAGGGCAAGUCGGAUGUGAUCCCAGACGAACUGGCCGACGAUCCCAUAUUUAUGGUCAACAAAGAUGCCAAUUUGGAGAUAAUGAAAGAGCGCUCCAAGCUAAAAACCGCUCGUGAAAAGAAUGCCGAACGGCUGAAGCUGCAGGGCGUGAAAUGGGAGCGGGAGCGACUGCAACAUGCGGCCAAGGAAGCGGAACUUUUGGCCAAGAAACGGGAACGACAACGUCAACAGAAACUGUUGGUGGAGCAGUACAGGACGGAGGAUGCCGAACGGGGCAUGGACCUUCUGCGCAUCGAAAACGAAGACUGGCGAGAGUGCGAAAAGAACCUGAAGGAGUUCCUGGAACAGGAGCGUGCCAAAAUGAAGGAGCGCUCCUUGCGCGUCUCCCAGCCGUUCUCAUCGGAUCCGCUGGAUAUACAGAAUAUAGUCAGAGCCAGACAAAAGUUCCGUGAAACCGAGCUGCGUAUUCGCAAUCAACUGGAUGACAAACUCAAGGAUAUUAAGACGGCAGUCACCACCCAACAACUCACCGAGCUGAUCGAGGAUGCCCAUCGGGCCAGCGCUGAAAUAGUGAGAGAACCUUCCGUAGAGGACGACGAUUACCAGGGUGCAGUGCAGCGCAAAUACCUGGACGAUGUCACCGAUGUCUCUGAUGAGACGAUAAUCAGCGAGGAUACCAUCAGUCUCACACUGGCCAAGCAGCAAUAUGCCGAAGAACUCGAGGCCGAAAUGGAGGACGAGUUCAAUCGCGGGCUCCUGAUUUCCAAACAACAGUACGACCAACUAAGGUUUGAGGAUGAAAAAAUUGUGGCUCUUCGAAAUGCCAAGGACAUUCGAGAGUUGUAUCAAUUAGCUGAGGAGAUAAUCAUGGGCGAAAUAUUCGAGGAGGUGCCAGAGGAAGUCGAGGAAGAGGCUGUCGGGGAGGAGCAAGAAUUGGAGGCAAGCGACGAGCCAGAUCCCCCAGCGCCUCCUCCGGCUUAAGGCCGAAAAAAAACGCUUUCAAAUGUUUAUUUCUGGCCCGAUCAUUUCACGUUUUCUUUACAAAGUUUGGCCAAAUAUUUUGCUUCCCGUCGCAACCACUUGGAAACCAAAAUAUUUCACCAAAUUGUGCAAAAACGUCAACUUGUUAUAGAACUCAAUAAGAGCACACAGAUCAAAAGCGGUAUCGAUUCUCGUAUUAAAAUGACAGCGAGUCGGCGGCGUCAGUCAAUCACGGCAUUUCACGGUUGAUAACUGUCAAUGAGGUUUAAUUAAAGCUGUAACGCGGCACUGAUAGUGCCCGCAUCCAAACAAUAGUAAUACGAAUAAAGCAACCGAAAAAUCCA